CGAGGUGCGAGACGCGUCCGUCGGGCUGCGGGGCCAUGAGCGAGCCCGAGGCCGAUGUCCGGGCCUUCCUGAGCCAGCACCCGAGCCUGCGGCUGCAGCCGGGCGCCGGCAAGGUGAGGUGCGCCCUGACGGGCCACGAGCUGCCCUGCCGCCUGCCCGAGCUCCAGGUCUACACCCGCGGCAAGAAGUACCAGCGGUUGGUCCGCGCCUCCGCGGCCUUCGACUACGCUGAGUUCGAGCCUCACAUCGUGCCCAGCACCAAGAACCCGCACCAGUUGUUCUGCAAACUCACCCUGCGGCACAUCAAUAAGUCCCCAGAGCACGUGCUGAGACACACCCAGGGCCGGCGGUACCAGAGAGCGCUGCGCAAGUAUGAAGACUGUGAGCAGCAAGGGCUGGAGUUCGUCCCUGCCUGUCUGCUGCACGGGAGGAGGAGGAGAGAAGACCAGAGGCACAGCGGCGGGCGGCCGCGCCCCAGAGAAGCCUUCUGGGAGCCUGCGUCCAGUGACGAGGGGGGAGCCCUAAGUGACGACAGCAUGACAGACCUGUACCCACCUGAGGUGUUCACCAGACAGGACCUGGGAGGGACUGAGAACGGGGAUAGCACCGAUGACGCUGUGACAGACGAAGAGGACGAGAAGCCAAGGCCCCCAGGAGACAAGGGUGCUGGUGUCAGGAAGGAGACGGGAGCGGCCGGGAGGCUGGCCCCAAAGCGUGGGAAGAAGCAGCUGGGCACCCUGAAAAAGAAGUUCAAGAGUCAUCACCGAAAACCUCGGCGCUUCGGCUGCUUUAAACAGUCGGGUUAAUAAAG